GAGGAAUGAGGGUAUUAUAGUCAUUUCACUUUCUAGGGUUUCCGUAAGAGCCGAACUUAAUCAUCGCAUCUCUUCUUCAAACCUCUCCUCCGCAACGCCGAAGCCGCCACCAAACCCUCGUUCUACAGAGAUCUCUCCAUCAUCUCAGAGAGUGGGGAGAUGGCGAAGUCGAAGAACCACACGGCGCACAACCAGUCCUACAAAGCCCACAAGAACGGCAUCAAGAAGCCCAAGGGGCAUCGCCAAACCUCCACCAAAGGGAUGGACCCGAAGUUUCUUAGGAACCAGAGGUACGCGAGGAAGCACAACAAGAAGGCCGGAGAGUCGGGAAGCGAGGGAGAGGAGUAGAGAAAAACUCCUACUAUGAAAUUUCUGUCGUUCUCCUGAACUAGGGUUUUGAUCCUUUUUAGUAACUUGAUUGCUUUUGUUAGCUUAUUCGCAACGGAUCUGAAUAUGUUUUGGAUUGAUCUCUAUGCCUAAUUUCAGUUGAAUUGUUUUAUGAAAAUUGCGACUCGUGAUGUUUUGAGUUAACUAUGAUGCAGUUUUAUGGAUUUCCUUGUUUUGUCACA